AAACUGAUACUAUGCAUCUAUUUACAGCUGUACAACUUGGAAACAUUGCUUCUCCAAGUUCCAAGCCAAUCGGACAUCAGUCCAUCAUCCGAGAACAAGCGUGCCCUCAGCAAGAUGUUGAGCCAGAAACUCAUACCAACAAAAGAGAGAAAUCCGUUGAAAAGAUUUGCCAGAGAUAUAAAAUACUUUUUCUUGGAAAAUUGGAAAAGGAUAUGGGUGCUAACAUUGUGGAUAUCCAUUUGCAUCGCUCUCUUCACUUGGAAAUUUCUACAGUAUAAACGCAGAGCCGUGUUCGAGGUCUUGGGUUCUUGUGUUUCUGUGGCCAAAGGCAGCGCAGAGACCUUGAAAUUCAACAUGGCUCUCAUUCUCUUGCCUGUUUGUAGGAACACUAUCACUUGGCUACGGACCAACUCCAAGCUUGGGUCCGUUGUUCCAUUUGAUGACAAUAUCAACUUCCACAAGGUUAUUGCGUUUGGGAUCGCCAUUGGAGUAGGCUUACAUGCCAUUUCUCACCUGGCAUGUGACUUUCCGCGUUUGCUGCAUGCAAAAUAUGUAGAGUAUGAGCCAGUGAAAAAGUUUUUCGGGGACGAGAGGCCAGACAAUUACUGGUGGUUCGUGAAAGGAACAGACGGAUGGACCGGAGUGACCAUGGUGGUUCUAAUGGUAAUAGCAUACGCCUUGGCUCAAUCGUGGUUCAGACGCAACCGGACAAGCCUACCAAAAACGUUGAAACGGUUAACCGGUUUCAACGCGUUUUGGUACUCACACCAUUUAUUUGUCAUCGUUUAUGUGCUUCUAAUCGUGCAUAGCUACUUUAUUUAUCUCUCCAAGAAAUGGUAUGAAAAAACG